AUAGGUGGGAUCAUUAUGGUGAAGGGGUUUGCUUUCUCCUUCUUCUUCUUUCUUCUGUUUCUGUGCUCUUUAUUAUUAGUUUUCUAGUUAGUUACAUUACAUUACACCGUUUACCACACACCGCGUUUCUUCUUCUCUUUUUCUUCUUCUGGUGGUGACGGUGGUCAAAACAGAUUCUGCAGUUUCCAGAUCCGAGGUUCAACGAACCAACCUCUUCUCUGGCCAUGGCAAUGGAGCAGAACAACAAUACUUCUCAGCAUCAGAAGGCUAUGCUAUUUGCACUUGCAUUCUUACUCUCUCUCUACCAUGCCUCUUCUAUGUACACGGUCUAUAAUCCUAUAAAACCUAGGCAUUCGCGUCUUCUGAAGAGUGCUGUGCAACGUGAAACACCAACAUCACAACUUUCUGAACUUUGGGCACCUUUGGAAAACCAAGGAUGGAAACCUUUUGUUGAAUCUACAAAGCCAACAGCAUUACCAGAAAAAUCUGAGGGAUAUAUCCAAGUAUUUCUUGAUGGCGGUUUGAACCAGCAGAGGAUGGGGAUAUGCGAUGCAGUUGCUGUUGCAAAGAUACUGAAUGCAACUCUUGUGAUCCCAUACCUUGAAGUAAAUCCUGUUUGGCGAGAUUCCAGCUCCUUCUCUGAUAUAUUUGAUGUGGAUCACUUCAUUGAUGUAUUGAAGGAUGAUAUUUCCAUAGUUAAAGAGCUCCCUGAUGAGUACUCCUGGAGCACAAGGGAGUACUAUUCCAUCGCCAUUCGAGAAACCAGAAUCAAGGCUGCACCCGUGCAUGCAUCAGCCCACUGGUAUCUCGAAAAUGUUUUACCUGUUCUGCAGAGCUAUGGUAUUGCUGCAAUCUCUCCAUUUUCUCACCGUCUGAGUUAUGACAACUUACCUAUGGAUAUCCAGCACCUGCGCUGUAAAGUCAACUUUCAGGCUUUAAUCUUUGUUCCGCAUAUUAGAACACUCGGAGAUGCCCUUGUAAACCGUCUGCGAUAUCCUCAACAAGCUGAUGGAGAAAUGAGCCCCAACUACAUCAGAGAAGUCACUGGUGCUGGUGAUAGUAACGCAGGGAAAUUUGUUGUUCUUCACCUUCGUUUUGAUAAGGAUAUGGCAGCUCAUUCAGCCUGUGAUUUUGGUGGCGGAAAAGCUGAAAAGUUGGCCCUUGCAAAGUAUAGACAGGUCAUGUGGCAAGGAAGGGUGGUUAAUUCCCAAUUUACUGACGAGGAGUUGAGGGGUCAGGGUCGCUGCCCGAUGACUCCAGAAGAGAUUGGUUUACUACUAGCAGCUCUGGGAUUCGACAACAGCACUCGUGUCUAUCUUGCCUCGCACAAGGUUUAUGGUGGAGAAGCAAGGAUUUCAACUUUGAGGCAAUUGUUUCCACUGAUGGAAGACAAGAAGAGCCUUACUUCACCUGAGGAGAGGACCCUGAUAAAGGGAAAAGCUUCUGUAUUAGCUGCACUUGAUUACUAUAUCGGCGUGCACAGUGACAUUUUCAUUUCCGCUUCUCCAGGAAAUAUGCACAAUGCAAUGGUUGGACAUAGAACCUAUUUGAACCUAAAGACCAUAAGGCCAAACAUGGCAUUGAUGGGGCAGCUUUUCCUCAAUAAAACCAUGGAAUGGCCAGAAUUUCAGCAAUCAGUGAUUGAAGGUCACGAAAAUAGACAAGGGCAACUCAGGCUAAGAAGGCCAAAACAGUCAAUAUACACAUACCCUGCACCAGAUUGCAUGUGCCAAGCUCAGUAGUAGUAGUAUAUAUAUAUAUAUAAUAGUUAAUAUUACUAUAAUUACCAUAAAUAUUGUUCACGGAUGAGUAGUCACUAGCCACUAGCCAGUGUAUUUUUAUAUAGGUUUUCAGUGUCCCUAUUAUUUGACAUUUUGUAUCUGGUGAAAUAAAAGCAUGUCCACCCUCUCUCCUCUCUUCCUCUCUCUCCUAUUCAUGAGUUUGUUACCAUGUUCUUGGUAAGAGUGCUUGAUAGUUGUAUUUGUGUGAGUUAUGUACUUUUGAGAUGAUAGCAUUCUUAGCAAGAGCAAUAUUUAUAUUGUUGUUUAUGAUUCAAUAACAUGAUCCAUAUUGUUGUUGACAAA